ACUGACGGGCGACUCGAGUUGAGCAGCGCAGCACAAGACGAGGUAUGUAUGUACAUACUGUUGGGCAACCGCCAUUCCUUUAGGUACCGAAGGAUAUUCAAGGCUGGAGAAGCUUAGCAGAAGCGCAAGCUGCCCGGCUCUUGGGGCCGCAGAUGUUUUGUUUGUCGCCGACAGGGCGAUAAAAUGCGAGAGAUCGACAGCGCAGUGCUAUUGUUCGUCCAAGGACAGUUUCGCUUGGUUCGGCUCCAGUCUGUUGGGUGUGCCGCGCAUGCCUCACAGCCCAAUGGGUUGCCUCACCUGGAGCCUGGUUUCACGUCACCUACCAACGACUGGCAACCGUGACACUUGUCCCCGAAGGGGGGCGGGGUGGGGAGCGGGAACAUCACAAGACCCUGAUCUUUCCGUCGCUCCACACCUCCACAACGGGCCUAUCAGGGUCAGCAGCCCUGCUCAGCCCUGCU